AUGGCCACUAAUGAGUCCAAUGUUGUCUCUGCACUACGGGAGCGGAAGCCGUACGAUGUGUUUCACUGGGUCUCGCCCAGCAGUGAGUUCAUCGCCGCCAACGAUAUCACGGAUUAUUUCAUGUUGUAUCUCCAUUCCAUAGAGGGUUGGCACAGGAGGUGCGAUGGGGAUAAUGAUGUUAAUGAUGAUGAUGAUAACAAUAGAAUAAAUGAGAAUGGAGAAGAAAAGGAAUGUACAGGAGGAAUGUCUAGUAGUGGAUAUGAGGAUGUUGAGAAGCACAAGUUGGGAGACCACGACGGAAUAGAAACACUUUUUCUCACUUUACAGAUGUUUCACCUGGGCCAAUCCAUCACCCCAUUAUUAUACUCUUCUCAUACUCGCGAUGAUCGUUGUAUUUUGGAUGAAUGGAUUAUCUUUCCCAUCGCCGUCUGUGAUGUGCCAUUAGAUGCUAUUCUACACUGUGCUGUCUACUCCCGCAAAGGACUCCUUGGCCGUACAACAAUUCAUCCCUUCACUACUCGUGGAGAACUCAAAGCAGGUCCACAUCGUUUUAUCUUAUCAACAACAGAUAAUCUAUCAGCAGCAAGAGGAAAAGAAGAAGGAAGAGGAGUUGUAGGUACAUCGGAAACACCAUCGUGGGAGAUGCUCGCACGUGAUCUUCACCAUGGACUCUUACAGCCAGUGCCAUGGAUGGAUAAACUGCUAGAGCAACGUCUUGCAGAAAUGCGAAGGGUUCAACCUGAUUGUAAUGGUGAAACACCAUUAACCCUAUCGUUACAUUUCCCCUUUGCAAGUAAUCGUUAUCCUGUAUUUAUGUUAUCUAUUCCACAGGAACUCCCUAUUGGGUUACAGUCCUCUUUCCAUAUGGCAACACCAACACAACCUUUUAUUGAUAUUUGUAUGGGUGAUGAAAACCUCUGUGAAACUAAAGCGUCUGCUCUAUCCAAGUCACUUUUUCUUCUUUCAGAUGUUGACGCACAGCCUGGGCCGGUGGAACGUCGACAAUUACAGGAAAUAGCACGAAGACCACUAAUUCACUUGGAAUCUAUGAAAGUAGAUGAUGAAUUACUUUUAUGGCGUUUUCGUUUCUUUCUAUCUCGUGAUCCUACAUACUUUGUUCCUUUUAUGCGUUGUGUAAAUUGGAGCAAUAAAAAAGAGCGACAAGAAGCUCUUAAAGUAAUGCAACAAUGGAAACCUAUUAGUUUUGCACAGGCCUUACUAUGUCUUUCUUUCUUCUUUCGUGAAGUAGCCUAUGUACGAAAUCAUGCUAUAAACUUAUUAAAACGACAAUCGGAUGAACGUAUCCUUCGAUUUCUACUGCAAUUAGUUCAAGGUGUACGAUAUGAUGUAAAGGGAGAGUUGGAACAAUUUCUUUUACAUCGUGCCCUUGGAUGUUGGGAGAUCUGCUCUACUCUCUUUUGGUAUGUCUAUGUGGAGACUUCACUAGAGAAACCAACAGACAUUGAAGAAGAGACGACUCGGAGUACGACGGCACAAGUAAAGGGAUAUGCCGCCUUUCUCCAACAUCUCGAGACGAAAUUGGAAGAGUCUCGACCACACUUUUUACAACUUAUUCGUCGAGAACAGAAGUUAAUGCAUGUUUUGCGUGUUCUCUAUCGUACAAUUCUUAAGGAUCCGCGUGAUCGUAUUAAGAGAAUGGAGUUUGCUACUUCACUUAUUACUAUGAAAAAAUGUGGCAUACAGGAACUUUUUCCUUCAGUCUCUGAGCAUACAGUAAAAGGUGUAGAACGCUUCAAUACUGUAACACUUCCCACUCAUCCUUGUAUAAUGGUAGAAAAUAUUUCAUCUAAUGGAAUCUAUAUGUUCAAGAGCGCCAAGAUGCCUAUUAAGAUACCUUUUACAAUACAGUCCGACUACAUUUGUAGUAGUGGUAUUAAUAGUGUCCGUAAUAGUGACAGUAUGAACAACAACAACAACAACAACAACAACAACAAUAACCAUAAAAAUACAAUGAGUAGGAGUGCUAGCACUAAUAUGAGUAGCAGUAAUGAACUUCUCACCAAUUCUAUUUACCGACUCACAUCAGAAGAAAUUGUAAGAACUGGUCCAGGUUUUCUUCCACUCUCUCUUCCAUCAUUGGAUGUUAGCAUUAUCUUCAAAAUGGGUGAUGAUGUUCGACAAGAUCAACUAGUAGUACAACUUGUACAACUAAUUGACUCACUAUUGCGUGAAGAUGGUUUGGAUCUUUGUUUGACUCCAUAUCGUGUGUUGGCAACAGGCACAACAGAAGGUCUUGUUGAAGUUGUACCAGAUGUGGUUACAUUUCAAAGUGUACAACGUGACAUUAUUAAAUACAUUCGAACACAUAACCCUUCAACAGAGGGAUUUAAUGCCGCCAUGUCUAGGUUUACAAAGAGUUGUGCUGGUUAUUGUGUACUCACAUUUAUUCUAGGUAUUGGCGAUAGACAUUUGGAGAAUAUUCUUAUCACACAAGAUGGACGAUUACUACAUAUUGAUUUUGGAUAUAUUCUUGGUAAUGACCCGAAACCAUUUCCACCACCUAUGAAAAUAAAUAAAGAAAUGGUAGAAGCAUUAGGUGGACCUCAAAGUACAGGUUACAUGGAAUUUAAAUCAUACUGUUGUAGUUCAUAUAAUAUCAUUCGGAAACACGCACAACUUAUCUUAAGUAUGUUAGUACUUAUGGUAGAUGCAUCUAUUCCGCAGAUAUCAGGUGAUGGAAAAUUAGAUCCUCGUGUUAACCUCUUAAAAGUACAAGAAAAACUGCGAUUAGACCUUUCAAAUGCUCAAGCAGCGCAGUAUAUUCAAAAUGUUAUAGCUGACAGUGUAGGGUCUAUUUUUACUAAUCUCUGGGAUGUCAUUCAUGUUGCCACUCAAGCGACACGUCAUUAA